AUGGAGUGUCAGACUUUAAUAGAUGUUAUUCAAUCACCCUUUUGUUGGCAUCAACAGAGCUGGAAACAACAUGAAGCGACUUGUGGUCAAACCUGUCUCACAGAGCAGACUACCCGCUGUACCAGUUCCACUGUGGACGUAUUUUCCGGAAAUUUGGAAGCUCAACUGCUUCGAAAAAGAGGUAUCAGUCAGCACCAACCCUACAUGUUCAAGGCGCUAGAGGAACGAAUCGAGGAAGAAAUCGUCUCCGGGAGUGUGUCCGAUGUUUUCUUCGGGGUCGGUCCCGAUGAGGAGACUCACCUCUUCAGCUCAAGGGCGAACCUGGCGAUGGCCAGCCCAGUUUUCCACGCGAUGUUCUUUGGCCCACAGUGGCACAAAGAGGCAGGACGUCAAACCCCAAGGAAACAGCGAUGGGACCAUGAUGGCAACCAAACUUCGUCAGCGCCAAGCUCCCCCAAGAGUCGUGCGGCUGCUCCGACCGACCCUUGGGACAAAUGCAGUCCACGCACCUACGUCACGGAACAACUGCAGUUCCGGCCUGGGCAGCACCACUAUGUUGCAGUUCCAGACAUCGAGCCAAGUGCGUUCCACUGCAUGCUUCGAUAUGUGCAUCAUUUGGAUCCGCUUUUAUGCUUGGACAACGCCAUGCAAGUCUACAGAGCCGCCGACAAGUACCAGAUUUUUGGCCUGCUUGAGGCUUGCGGGACCUUCAUCGACGAACAUGUCGAUCCAAGCAAUGUGACGCAGGUCCUGACGCUUUUUGAUGUAGCCUGCAGAAUGGGACUGGAACGGUACUCGCACACCUUUUUGCAGAUUCUUGAGCAGCUCUCGCGGGUUCAGACUCGUCAGGUGCUCCAAGCCAAAGAGUUCUUGGAGCUGCACUCUGUGUCCUUGGCCACUCUUCUAGGCUCUGAUGGGCUCUGUGUGCAUGAGGAGCUCUUGUGGACCGCCAUCCGAUCCUGGGCAGAGGUCCGAGCGAUGUACAAAGAGCAGUCGGCGGAGCCAGAGGCAACAGGCUAUGUUGCAGAAAACAAACCGACAACCGUGGCCGCAAGUGAGCUGGUCCCCAGCUGGCAGGAUGCUAUCAGGCCUUUGAGACAUUUGAUCCGGUUCCCAGCAAUGUCUGCUGCUUUCUUUGCGAAAGAGAUUUCCAAGAGUGGGGUACUUUCCCACCAGGAAGUGGUUGAAAUCUUCGGCUUUCUAGCGCAAAAGGCUGAAAAGGGUGGCUUGGCAAACCUGGAACCUGAUUCAGCUGAUGAAGAUGACGUACGCGUCGGGGGGGUCUACAGAGCCGACAGCCGGAUCCCACGGCUUGGUUGGUGCAUGGCACCUGGCCAAUCAGAGCCCAUGCUCAGUGAGGAGUUUGGUCUCACUGAGGGAAGAGAAUUGAUGACAUCAGUUGGACCGUCUGUUGUGGUGGAUGGGCGGGGCUUGUCGGCCUCUUCCUGGGGAUCCAGUGUGAUCCUUGCCGGACCUGGCACUGGUUUUCAUCUUGCAUUUGGAACUCGUGGUUUCAAUUCAGGGCGCCAUGCUUGGACAAUCUCCUGGCGACCCAUGGAUUGUCGACAACCAGCCCUGGGUCGAAGUAGGUGCUCUCGCGGUGGUGCUGCUGGCAUCGCCCGCGACAUUGAUGGACUCAGCGAUGCUCCUAGGCCUGUGGUGGAAAGAACAACUUCAGCUUCUGCUGCCUCUGCAUCAAAUGGAUCUACAGCUGCAACCAACACAGGCACUGGGCAGGCUACAAAAGCUGCAGCUGUCACCGUGCCGCUCAGCAGAGGCUCAGUGCCCCUCCCAGCAUCAAUGGCUGCUGGUGCCAGCCCUGCCAGUGGCACAGAGGAACCUUCUGCGAGAUUUUUGGAUUGGCCGUCGUGCAUCGUGUUCGGCGUCAAAAGGGAUGUGGUCACAGAGGGCAGAUACGUGGCAUGGGAAGAGGACCUUUCUUCCACUGAUGUAAUCAGGUUCUCAAUCGUCUUAGACUUCCCCUCCCGGACGAUCACGUAUAUUGCAGAUCGUGGUGAGCGUUGUUGGUCAGCAGCUCUAACUCACGACGGUCCCGUUUAUCCUGUGAUUGCAGCAUCGGGCCCUCACUUCUUUUCCAUCCAGUAUGGCUGUCACGUCUGAAAUGCUGAAAGGUAAAUCGAUGCUUCUUUCUAGAUAUGUAUUCUAUAUUUUCCUUUGAUUCUAGGGGCUUAGUGGGCAAAGCUUCAAUAAGACCCUGCCAAAGUCCCGGAGCAGGAGCAUGUCUCACCUUGCCUAGCAAGUUUGAGAAUGAAGGUGGAGUCUCAAUCGAUCUCAAUCGCAUACGGCAAACCAAGAGACACCAUGACUGUAUGCCUAAUUUGGGCGGUGCAGUCUUGACUUAUGUUGACAUUGGAUCUAGGAGCUUCCUUCCCACAAGCAUGCUGAGCCGCGUGCUUGUUGUGAGACGCUUUUGUAUCCGCGCGUCAAAAC